AUGCAAAGUUUUUUUAAGGGAAAUUGGGAAGGUAUAUCACCAGUAGAUAUGAGCAUUGAAGAAGCGAUGACAAUGGCUAGAGACAGUAAAGUUAUAUUAUCGGAUGCAUGCUUGCGAUGCUUUGAAAUUUACUAUAAUCUUGAGUACCCCCGAACCAUUGUGAGUUUUGAAAGGAAAACAGAUCCCGAGUUCACACCAGAAGAAAUACAAGGGCUUUUGAAGUUUCUGAUCGAGAGCCGCUUCGGGGCUGAAGAUAAGCAGAAUGAUUUUGCAAACGAUGAAGACGUCUUCAACAAAGCAAUAAAUACUGUUUACUCUUUGUCAGCAAGAGAGGCAGCCGAUAUCAAAAGUUUAUUUAAACAUCACUAUAAACUUAAGUACCAUCGGAUCAUUAAAAAUUUUGAAAAGAAGGAUGACAACGACAACGGUCUUGGUGACGUAACUCAAGGAGUAUCUAGCAUGAAGGUGCAAAAAUAA